AUCACAACAAAAAAUGCAAAUGGUCGCAACGCAAGUUCGCCACUAUUUUGCUCCGCGUUUUAAAGUUACAAAUUACCCUUGAAAAGUGUCCACUAGUCCCCGGGAAUAGAUGUGGAAGUAUGUCUCGCGCCGUAUCCGUGAUGUUUGCGAUCGAACCUACACUGUACUAGACGUUCGCCGCCCGUGGCAGUGCGGUGGAGAGCGGUUGUGCUCCGAAAAUAAUCUUCCAGGAGAUGGACAGCAGCAAUCGAAGGACGAGAAAGUUCCUCAACGGGAAAAGGCCAAAGCAUCCUACUGUUUGUUGAGUGUGGCCAGGAGCCACCUCGAGUUGAGUCGGGAAAGAAAGCAGCACUAUGAUACCGGGUCGAACAGUUCCGAUAAGGAGGGAUUUCGCCGAAAGGAAUACUGUUCCUUUCAGCCAAACUGGAUUGGAGCAAUCACUUGGACAAAUGCCAUCAUCUGCGGUUGGUACACAAGCCAACUGAUCUGUCUCUACCGUCGUAACCACAAGUGGGAGGGUCCCAAGUGCCUUCCGUACUUGAUUUCCUCCGCCCAUAAGUUCCCCCGUGAGUUUCAAAGCUCGCACUAUUCGAGUUGCCAUCCCUUCUCUAAUCCACCCCCUCUCGAGCAUGCUCCGAAGUCACAGCAGGACCCACAACAGUCAUUGGUUCCCACUUUUCUGGGAUUCCCGAUACCAACGGCCAAACCCAGCCGUCUCGACGAGUUUGACUUUGAAGAUCUGUCCGGUGCUCGCAGAAAUGUCCUGUUCGAAAUCAACAACGAUGGCCGUCAACAGACCGGAAAUCAACACCGUUUUGACUCGCUUGUUGUCAACGAGGGACGUGGUCUUGCUGCGGUUAAACAGCAGCAGGAGCCCAAAGCUCCGACCGUCGAGUCGGCCAUGGAGAAUCUGAUGUCCGUUAUCGGUGAGAUCGAAUACCAACUUGGAGUGGAGAACCUGGAGAUUGGUGAUUAUACAACAGCGGUGUCUCACUUGAAGUUGGGUACCAGCCACCAGCAUGCCGGUGCAGCUUUCAAUCUGGGAAUCUGCUACGAGCAAGGGUUCGGGGUCAAGAAAAGUGCUCGUGUGGCGAUGGAAUGCUUCCAUUUGGCAUCAACCUUAGGUCAUGCUCAAGCCAUGUAUAAUCUCGGCGUUUACUACGCUCGCGGUCUCGGUGGACUACGCCGUAGUCGACCAAUGGCGAAGAAGUGCUUCACGGCGGCCGCCGAUUUGGGACUGGAGGAAGCCAUCGUUGCGCUUGGACCUAGCUACAACAAGCAGUCAUCCAUGUCGUCUCCCAGUGGCUCAUCGGUUUCGACGCCGCAACCGAUGGCCGCUCCGUACGGUUUCAAGUUCACCUUUGAUGAUGUUGAACGGUAUGGCUACGAUGCUGUCAAAGUCCCGGAACAACCAGAACAGCUUGAACUACGUUUAGUAUCGGCAAUGGCUUAAUUUGAGUGUAUUUUUUGCUUUCUUUUUUAUAUUGAUUUAAUUAUGAUAUCAUAUUUUCUUUUCUGAUAGAUGUUACCUAUAAUCGCAUACCUGCCCCGUAUGUAUAUGUAUUGAUAUCAAGAAAAUGACUGUCAAAGUUACGGAGUGCAUUUCCCAUGUUAAUGUGUUGUUUUCUUAUAAACGAUAGUUGCAAUGAAGCUUGAAUGUUUUAUUACAUCAGCGAAAAUUAGAGAAUUUAAAAGGCAGACCAGCAACUUGAUCUCUGAGGGAUAAAAUUUAUGAAUAUGACUCUUAUGUGGUUUUAUUUUGCAUGAUGGGACCAACGGUCUUGAUGUAUUUUUCAUCUUAUUCAAGAACAAGGUCCUCAAUUUUAUCAUUGUAUGAACACUGCCGUUACAUGCAUAAUUGUCUCAUGUUCUGCGGGAUUCUUUUGGAACGUGGGACAUAUAUGCGUAGAACGGCAGAAUAGUAGAUGCCAAUUGAUAAUCCCCCCU